CGAUACGAUAGCUCGGACAACCCCCAGAGUUUUCCGCAAGGCUCCCCGGAGGCUAUCCUAAUCUCAUACUUGAGAAGGGUGUGUCCACUAACGUAAACCUGAGUUUCUUGCCCUGGAAUUGCCCGUCGUAGAUACCAGCCUACCCUUCGAAAAGACGUAUGUACGUAGGACCUGGGUCCGAGGCAUAGGGCUCGGGAUCUCGCUCCGGCUUUGAUAGGAGAGAGAGAGUUGAGGUUAUCCUCAACUACCACCCGGAGACCCGAUUGGGUCGCCUUUGCGUCUACCACAGAACCAACUAACCGGCCGGUCCAUAUCGUAUGGAUUUGAUCAACUCAAAGCAUACCUACUACACAGUGUAUCUAUCUACACGUGUGCGCGCGCGUGCAGAUAGAGAUACUACGUGGUAGGUAUACGCAUCCGAAGUGGCAAUUCAGAGUCGAAGCAACCAAUCAGGCCCAGCAGCUCCAAGAGUCCAUCCUGUCUUUGCUGAAUGCCGUACAGACAUUGCUAUAAUUUCCCCUCUACAAUACUCCCUAAUCAAAAUACAUCACAUUCCCCUACCGACCCGUUGAGACCAACCUGGCGAGACUCAAAAGAUGGUGUCUAAGGAGGAUCUCGGGUCAAACCCCCCAUGCCAUCCUCGUGCGUGUGCUAUACAAGACUGCCUCGAAAGGAACGGGUAUAACGAGGCCAAGUGCUCUCUUCUCAUCGACGCCCUGUACGAAUGCUGCGACGCCUUCUACCGGAAACACGGCGAUGAUGCAACCAGUGCCAGCUGCCCGAAGGCGAGCCUCCUACGGUUGAAAGUGAAGCAGCGGCUGGCCGAGCGGAACAAGUGAGCGAGGACUCUGUUGUUAGGGUUCUAGGUAUAUGGGGCCGGUCGGCACUACCAUCUCCGAGUACUAUACGUCGUCCUCUACAGAGGUAAAUAUCAGGCAACAAUAAUGAAGAGUAGAGGUCGUUCUAGGCGAUCAUUGAGCGCGCGAGAGAUCCGCAGGGGACCUGGAUAAGCAUGGAAGCAAAUAGGUGGCUUAUCCCGAGACUCUAAUAUGAAUGCCGAUGACAUUGAUGAAGAAGGAAAAAAAGAGAUUUUUUUUUUCUUUUCCUGUGCACGAUGAUUUUAGGCAUGUAGGUACGUUGUACUUGGUACUCUUACCAAGCCACAGUGAAUCCCGACACUAGUGGCUGCGCCCCUUGCUCUGCGUGGCUGGUGAGGACUACUAAGGGCUGACGUUGAUUGGCCAACAUCUUACGUACCCCUGACGCGCACAAUGGCCAAGUACCUUUUGCCUAUUUACCCAACUAGAGAGGUACCUUAUCUCUGCAAUUCCGGCCCAUCGCGUAUGGUCUGGA